CGCAAGUCACUGAACGUGAGGUGACGGGGUGGACGGCGAUCGCAGGCGAGCCUUUUAUAUCGCCGCGCGCGAGACGCGCUCGGCUGAAGUCGCGAUGAGGCCCAUGACGGCGCCAAGGUCUGCCGAGGUUCGCGAAGGCGGCGGGCGCGGUCCCAUGGUUGGCCAUUCAUGCGAGCCGGAUCGGACAAACAAUGGGCCUCCGAGACCAAACAGCGCUCCCCGACGCGAUUGGCUGCGCGCGCUUGGCGCGCCGCGUCGAGGCUGGAAUUGCUUGUCGAUGCCACCUGCCGCGCCGCCUGAGGCCAUCUUUUGAGCACAUUGUCGGCAAUAGCGAGGAGACCACGAC